UAUAAAUAAGCAGAGGGUGGCUAAAGUGAGGAGAUACAGUUUGACUGACCUUAUCUGUGUUGUGGCUGUAGCUUGUGGAGCUUGCGGGGUCUUGCAUUGCUUCUAUGCGUAUUUGAUGCCAGCAGUCAUCACAACAAUUGGAACAGGUUGACAUUUAUCUCUGCAACGCUGGCAUACGAUGGCAUCAAUAGCAGCGGCUCAUGAGCCAGGUUUAACCCCAUGCGCCAUAGCGUUGGCUGAUGCUUUGGUCCCUGCGAGCAUAUUUGCUCCGGACCGGGGAGGAUGCGAGGACGACGCCGGGGAUGAGUGCUUCGAUGACGGGGACAUGUUCAAUGGCGAGCCCGAGGACCGUCCUGUUGACUUCACCAACAAGCUGGCACUUGUUAGCCCAAAUGGAGAGCAGUAUGACUCGUUACUUCGCCAGCUACGGGACAGGAUGGAAGAGGGAUGUGGGGAGACCAUCUAUGUGGUCGGGAUGGGCUCAGAUGGGGGUGACUGGGGUCUGGAUGAGAAAGAUAUGGAGGCCUCAGUAGCCACAGUUCGCUCCAUGUGUGAGCAGGUGGAUGCUGAUCUCAUUACGCUCCGGGAGCGAAAUGAGGCUGCCGGUUUGGUGCGCGAUUAUCUGAUCCGCCGGCGUGUGGGUGAACUGGACUUCCUUGAGGUCAGGGUUGCAGUCGUGGGUAAUGUGGAUGCUGGUAAGAGUACUCUGCUGGGAGUGUUAACGCAUGGCGAGCUGGACAAUGGCAGGGGAUUUGCCCGGCAAAAGCUCUUCAGACACAAACACGAGAUGGAAAGCGGCAGGACGAGCAGCGUGGGCAACGAUAUCCUGGGCUUCGACCAGGAGGGACAGGUGGUGAACAAACCAGAUAGUCAUGGUGGGAGCCUGGACUGGACUAAAAUCUGUGAGAAGUCCUCCAAAGUAAUUACCUUUAUAGACCUGGCCGGACAUGAGAAAUACCUCAAGACCACCGUGUUUGGGAUGACCGGACACCUGCCUGACUUCUGCAUGCUUAUGGUGGGCAGUAAUGCAGGUAUCGUAGGGAUGACCAAAGAGCACCUGGGCCUGGCCUUAGCCCUGAAUGUGCCUGUGUUCGUAGUGGUAACCAAAAUAGACAUGUGUCCGGCCAACAUACUGCAAGAGACACUGAAGCUGCUCCAGAGGCUACUGAAGUCGCCCGGCUGUAGGAAGAUACCCGUCCUCGUACAGAACAAGGAUGAUGUAAUAGUCACUGCUUCAAACUUCAGUUCAGAGAGGAUGUGUCCAAUCUUUCAGAUCUCCAAUGUUAGCGGGGAGAACAUGGACCUGCUCAAGAUGUUUCUCAACCUGCUCUCCUCCAGGACGUCCUACAGAGACGAUCAGCCCGCUGAGUUUCAGAUAGACGACACGUACUCUGUACCGGGAGUGGGAACAGUAGUUUCUGGCACUACUUUACGUGGACUCAUACGACUGAAUGAUACAAUGCUACUAGGGCCGGACCCCUUAGGCAGCUUCAUCCCCAUUGCUGUGAAAUCAAUCCACCGCAAGAGAAUGCCUGUGAAGGAGGUCAGAGGGGGCCAGACUGCCUCAUUCGCUCUCAAAAAGAUCAAGCGUUCGACCAUCAGGAAGGGUAUGGUGAUGGUUUCCCCGAAGGUCUGCCCACAAGCCACUUGGGAGUUUGAGGCUGAGAUCCUGGUACUGCAUCAUCCCACUACGAUAUCCCCUAGAUACCAGGCCAUGGUCCACUGUGGCAGCAUAAGGCAGACUGCCACCAUCUUGUCUAUGAACAGAGACUGCUUACGGACAGGGGACAAGGCUUCGGUCCAUUUCCGCUUCAUAAAGACCCCCGAGUACCUGCACUGCGACCAGAGGCUGGUGUUCAGGGAGGGGCGCACCAAGGCUGUGGGAACCAUCACUAAGCUGCUGCAAUCUACCAAUAAUUUACCAUCAAAUUCCAAACCUCCCCAAAUCAAGAUGCAGUCCACAAAGAAAGCACCGCUGCGCAGAGAGGACGGCACCACGGCAACCGGGGACGACAUUCCAACGAUAUCACAGUCAGCUGGCCCAAACGCAACACAAUCGCCAAAGUCUGGAGGAGGUGGCAGGAGAAGGGGCGGCCAGAGGCACAAAGGAAAAGGCCAGAACAGCAGCAACUCCACAGCAGCCCCCUCCUCGUCAGGAACAGGAGGCUCCUGAAUUGCCCCCCCCAAACCCCUGUAAACCUCCCUCUAUAAUAUCACUCCACCACCUAGUGUCUUCAUUCCACAAACCAUGACGUUUGGAGCGAGACACUCCUCAGUCUCAUCACUCCUUGCCUCUUGACACCAGGUCAUAGUUUAUAAAGGGUACACAGUGGGGUGUGUCCCUAACUGCAUUUUAUCAUCAGCUGCCUUUGCUUUUCUUUAACGAGUUUGGGUGAUUGAUAGCAGUGUGGUUUUUGAGGUAAGCCUCACUCAGGAUGUUUUAUUUUAUUUAACCCAUAAUUUAUGCCUCUAUGAAAUUGACAAUUUAUUUUUCUGGCUCGAUGUCAAUGGCAAGGAAAGGAGGCCAAACCCCUGAACAGUUCCAGCAUCGGUAUGAGCAGCUAUACGUGAAACUCUUCCGUGCAUUCCUUGUGUAUUUGCAAUGAAAAACAAUUAAUGUACUAUUUAUACUGCAUAUUAUGUAAAUGAGCUUUUAGUUGUGCUCCAAUUGGAAAGAUUGUACAAAAUGUAUGCAAAUCAGAAAUGAAUGUAGCAGAGGGCACAUAGGGUUUUAUCUCCAGAUAUAUUGAAAAUAUAAGCUGUUAGCGUUUUAUAAUUGUCAGGUAUUUAUUUGGCAUACAUGCAGAAAGCUCGCUCUGAUGGUCUUCAUUCUGCUCUCACUUGCACUCCUCAGAUUCAGCAGAAUCCAUCAUACUUCCACUGUCAGUCAGCCAUGUUAGAAAGGUUAUACAAAUAGUGUUAGUACAAACAAAUACAGCACAUCGUCCGGUCACUCCUCAUGAUUAUAAGACAUGCAGUACUCGCAGUGCUACUCCAGUACCCCAUGCGUUAUGGCCUGUCGCUGUUUACAUGUUGUGACAUUUGAAAUACACUCUAAAAAAACUGACCAUCAAUAAACAGGCUUUACUGAACCUUCAA